AUUAUUUUUUCUGGCAUGCGUACCGUGGAUUCCACCAUAUUUGUUUACUUUCUGCAUUCGAUUCAAUCAAUUUUUUUAAAAUGUUGACUUCAGAGAAGAAAAAAUGACGUAAAGAUUAGGCAAGGAGCACCGGAUUUUGCCUUAAAACUCAAACUAAGUCAAAUUUGGGGAUUAGGUCGAUCUGAAUUUUGUAAAUAAACUACACGAGGUGAUCGACCACAUGACAAGUGUCGGUCAUUAUUUCUUGUCUUUACUUGGAUAGAAUUUACAAGAUUGAAGUCAACAAUUGGUCGCACUUAAUGUGUCAGUCGGGGUGAAAUAUUAAUUUGAGACAUUUGAAAAUCCGAUGUGACAUUACUUUUUAGUAGAAUGGGUAAUACAUCACAAAAAUCUCGCCAUGUGUCUGGCGAUGAAUCUGGACCGCAACUUGUAGCUGGAAGAUAUGGAUAUAGUGAAAAAGAAUUUGAUCACAUUCAAGUGAUUAAUCCUAACACGAGGCGACCAAGAGCUGCCACAACUCUGAGUCAGGGAGCUGAUAUGGUUUACCAGACACCAAAACUUUUACCAGCAGUAUUCAAAUGGGAAGGUGGCGGAAAGGAUAUUUACUUAGCUGGAAGUUUUAAUAAAUGGGCCAAAAUACCUCUUGUCAAAAGUCAUGGUGAUUUUCUAACAAUUAUAGAAUUACCAGAAGGUGAACAUCAGUACAAGUUUUUUGUUGAUGGGUCAUGGCAGCACAACCCUUCAGAGCCUGUGUUGACAGAUACUCAAGGAAGUGUAAGCAACUCAAUACAAAUUAGGAAAGCAGAUUUUGAAGUGUUUGAAGCUUUAGCUUUAGAUAGCCUAUAUGUAAAAAAUUCUAAAAAAGACAAAGGACGUGAAAGUUUAGAUGAUGAAUAUGGGCAGGAAGUACCAGUCAGGAAACCAGGAGAGAAAGUCACUGGACCACCUAUUCUUCCUCCUCAUUUGUUACAAGUCAUACUUAAUAAAGAUAUUCCUGCCCACUGUGAACCAACCUUAUUACCAGAACCUAAUCAUGUUAUGUUGAAUCACUUGUAUGCCUUAUCAAUAAAGGAUGGAGUAAUGGUACUGAGUGCGACUCAUCGAUUUAGGAAAAAAUAUGUGACAACAUUACUAUAUAAACCAAUUUAGGUGUACAUAUUUAUAUAAUUAAUUAAACCAAGUGCAGAGUGAUUGCAAUAUUAAAUGAAAAUAAUGUGAAGGAAAAGUGAUGGAUGCUGGGUGUAGAUAUUGCUGUAUGUAAAUUUGGAUGUUAAAACAUUGAUAAAUUGAAUGUGACAAAGAUCUCUAUUUGCACGAGAAAUUGCCAAUAUAGUAUGUCUCAUUUACCACCUGCCAAUAUCAUCGCUGAACAAAUGAUAUUUGUACCUGCAUUAUUGGUUUCUUAUAAUCAUUUUUCUCCAGAAUGUGUGAUAGUCUUGUUAAAGAAUUCUGAAUGCUUGUAGAUCUAAACUUAAUAUCCAAGAUAAUUGAUAGUAAAAAAUUGAUUUGUAUCACACUUUGUAGACAUUUUUAAUUGACAUGAGAAUUAAAUGUAUAUUUAUUUACAUAUAAUGCAUAUUAAAAAAAAAAAAAAUCAUAAUUUUAAUUCAAUUAGUGGAAUAUUUAAUUUUUGCAGGAAACUAAACUAGUCAAGAGUUUCAGAUAUUUAACGACUCCACUAAUUAGUUCUCUAUGCAUUUUAAACAUAAUAUUUUAGUGCCUUUUAUAACUUAACGUAUUGUUUAAGUCUACUAGCCUUCAGUGGCCACGUGAGUCAUCACUUGCAUUUGUCAGCUGCACCUUUUUUUGUACCCUUUAAUCAAAUUGAUUUCUGGAGUUUUUCAAUGUGGUGCAUUUAUUUUAUAACUGUGAACAACAUUUAAAUUUUGAUAAAAACCUGGUGUAAAAAUCUCAUUUAUUGUUAAGUUAGAGUUAAAAGAAAAAGAUGCUAACAAAAUGUGUUCAGUGAAAAAACAUAUGCUUUCCAUUCUUUUUAAUUAACAAUUAAUAAAUAAGCAGGGCAUAAAAAUUGCUUCAUUAAAUUGAGUAACUACAAUGUAUAACAUGUUUGCAUGAGCUAGUAAGAAAUAAUUCCAUGUCUGAACUUGCGUUAUUUUAAUUCAAAUGUUAAGCUUAUAAAACAUUAUGAAAAUUAAGUGUAGAAAUGAUCAUUUACAAAGCUGAGAGAAGAAUUGUACUUCUAUUGCAUUUGAUUAAUCAAUAUUAUCAGCACUUGAAAUUCAUUAAGAAUGCACCAACCCCCGUCAUUCUAUGGAUUCCAAGACCCAGUAUAAUGUUUAUGAAUGUGCAAUUACUUGCUCUUCUCGAAAGAGGUACAUAACAGAAUGUAAGCAACACUGAGACAGAAAAAGAAACUUUUAGUUGAAAGAUCAUUCAUUUUUAAACCAAAGAGAUAUUGCAAAACAUUUGUGUAACUUGAUGUAAUGUGACAUUUUUAUAAGUUGUUGUAUAUACCAUGAUAGAGGUCAAAUGGAGUAUUAUAUGUUGGAAGGGUCACUGUCCAAAAUGUUUCUGGAUGCAUAUUUUGUCCAAAAGACUUAAUUUGUUCUUGGUGCCCUGAUGGGUCGAAAUACUACAUCAAAUGUCAUUUUCAUCAAAAUUUAUUUUUAGGUGUAUUUUUUGGCAUGUGCCUCAAACUACUCCUCCCCAAAGUCAGGUUCUACUUCAGGCCUUGGAAUUUUAUAGGUCCAAAACAAUUUCUAUAUACAGAUAUAGAAACCAAGACAGCUGUAUCACAAUCGUGUGGUGGUUGCAACAGUGGUAGAUUUAGCUGAGGUCCUUAUAAAGAAACAAAUAUUAUCACUGCAUAGACAUUUCUUAUUUUGAUUUUCCCAUCCCUUUUUCAAAACCCUGGAUCCACCACUGACAGCUACUGAACCACUAAUGCUUUAUGAAAUUUUAUUUAUGAAGUGUAUUUAGUCAAUAUCUUUACUUGAGUUGUUAGUGAUUUGAUGUACCUAUAAUGUACAAAUGCAAUUGAAGAAAAUUCAGAAUUAAAUAUAUGUAUAUAAAGCAAUAUGUUACCCUUGGUUGAUUUUAAGCUCCGAUUUCUUCUGUAUUACUGACCUGACCUGAUUGACACUGUGAAAUAUAUUCAUCACACGUGGCAGUCAAAGUCAGUCUUCUAUCAUUACUAGUCAGUCAAAAUUAUUGUUAUCCACAAAUUUAUUUUGCUAAAUGACAAAAAUUAUGUUAAUAGCUGAAAGUUAUUCCCGUGUAAACCAUGAUGAACUUUCAAUGUGUGAUAGCAUGUAAACGGAAGAUUAUUUCAUAGAUUUGUAUGAUGUUUUAAAUGACUUCACUUGUUUUAUUCAUUCAUUAGGGCUUUAUUGAAUUCUGUGAUUAAUCGUAAACUGUUAUUUUGUGUGAAUUUAUUAAUGAUAUUUAUUUUAGUUUUACAGUUUAUAUACUUCUUGAAAGAUUAUGAUACAGCCAUUAUAAUUUUAGCAAUAUUAUUUGAUAGACAAGAAAUGAUCAUGAAUAUCAUAUUUGUUGUAUGAUAUGGGUAUAAAAUUACAUUCAAUGGUGUCUGUUUAUUGGUUAUAGUCAAUUUUGAUUGUUGACUCAAAAAUAGUUGAAUUAAAAUUAUUAAAGAAACAUUUUAUAAUCCAAUUAACACUGCGACUGAAUGGAAACUUUUUGCAUACAUAACAUGCAUAAAACAAAUAUCCUGAAAACACAAAUCGGUGUCUAUAUUGAUAAUAGAAUAAGUAUAUCUGAGAAAUCUUCAGUGUUCUGUAAAAAUCUGGUUUUAGUUAAUUAUGGUAUAUUCCAUUGGUCUAUAGGAAUUAAAAAGACUGUUUCCAAGAUUGCUAUUUUUAUUGGUAAAUGAUCUACAGUGAAACUUAUGUUUUAUAUAAAUGAUAUUUAAUGAGGUGCAUUAUAAAACAUAACUAAUAUGGUACCUUUGUACCAGACAAAAUUUCCAAUUAAUUUCCAAAAAUUUUCACAAGUCUGAUUUGAUUUUUUACUGAAAAGUAAGGUAUUGAAAGUCACCAAUGUACAAUCUUAAAUUCAAGGUAUUACAAGCUACUAAUCUAUCUAAUGAUUUCACAUGAGUUGUUCACAGACUUCCAUGACAUACUAGAUAGGGUCAUAAUGAAAAGUUGUGUCAAUGGUAUAUAUAUGUUUUUAACCAAACUGUUUACAAAUAAUGAAAUUUAGGGAAAAUUUCUUCUCUUAACAUGCUUAAGGUUCCUUGGAAAAUUAGAGUUUUUCAAACAAGGUUAUUUGACAUUUAUUUUACUAAAUAAUUUUGAUGUUUUGGGUUACUGUAUUCUUUUUGGAUCUUCGCUAACUUUAUCAUUUACGUUACAGAUUUAUGUGUCGUGCACACUAAAACAUAUUUGUUCAUUUAUUAUGAACUGUUUAAAAAUUGAUGAUAAUAUUAUAUAUUAUACGAGGCUGUCACAGAUGUUGCAAUAUCUGUCUCCAAGCUCAAGAAAGACUCAACUUUGUUACAUUUUACCAAUGUAAACUUUGUUUACCAAUGUGUAGGAUUGCCAUACAAUUAUGGCCAUAUAUUAUACAUACAACUAAUAAAGUUACACAAUUUCAACCUA